GACCGGCAGCGGGCUCUGGCCGCGGCUGUCCGGAGACAGCAGGUUCCUGAGCGGUGGCGAUAAGGGCCUUGUCCCGGCCUCAUGAAGCCUCGGCAGGUCCCCGCUGUCAGGCCGCCCCCCUCCUCCUCUCAGAAUGGUCCCGUCUCCAGCUCAAAUUCGCGGAAUUACCGGGCGCCGAUUCUAAGAAGCGACAGCGGUUCCUGGAAGGAGCGGGGCCGGGGUUUCCAGGAACAGACUUGUCACUGAGCUGAACUCUUGUGCACCAGGGCCACCAGCAAGGGUGCAAUGGCCUCGGCAGCAGCAGACAGCUGCAUCCAGUUCACCAGACAUGCGAGUGACGUGCUGUUUAACCUGAACCGACUGCGGUCCCGGGACAUUCUGACUGAUGUUACUAUCCUAGUGGAUCGUCAGCGUUUCCGAGCCCACAAGACUGUGCUCAUGGCGUGCAGUGGCCUUUUCUACGCUAUCUUCACUGAUCAGCUGAAGUUCAACUUGAAUUUGAUUAGUUUGGACCCAGAAGUUGACCCAGAGGGAUUUGGUAUUUUACUGGAUUUUAUGUACACAUCUCGCCUGCCCCUGAGAGACAGCAGUAUCAUGGUGGUGAUGAGUACAGCUCUAUAUCUGCAAAUGGACCAUGUGGCAGAUACCUGCCGCAGAUACCUGCAGUCCAGUGAAGAUCUCUGCUCUACAAUCAGUUCACCCCAGCAGGGGUUUCUCUCCAGCAAUGCAAUGUUACCUCCAGAAGCCUUAAGCUUUCGAAAAUCUGAAGUGACUGAAAAUCUGCUUCGUGAUGCAUCAGCCCCUGAUGGGAGGCCUCUGGGCUCGAGUGUCUACAACGUAAUGACUCCCUCUGCACACCCUUACCCUUUGUACAGCCACAUCCCUGUUCACAGUUACUCUGCAAACCCUUACUUGGUUAAUGAAUUCCGGGACUCCCAUGUCCCUUUGUCCGAUGUCCCCAAGCUCAGGAGGUACCAGGGUAACUGCGUGCAGCACAAUGGUGACACGGGUUUCACAAAGUACAACAGCAGGUCUGUCACUGACAUCUCGUCCAAUAUUUGUCAUGCGACUGUUUUCUCUCCCAGAGAGAUUUGUAGAGAAGGUGAUGUUAAAAUGGAUUUGCACUAUAAUCAAACUCCGAAUUCCAAAAUGGCCACGCAGUCCACCAUGAGUAACUUGGCAAAUUACUCUUCCUCACUGCUGAAUAGUAGGAAGGCUGAAGAAAGCAAUAUCCUGAAGGCGGAUCGGAGAGAAUUCUUGGAAUCCAGUAACCUGCCUGUUAAUCAUAAAGGCCCUCUAAUUGGACCUCGGAGUCCUCUGAAAUCUGACUGUCAACCCAACUCCCCAACUGAAUCCAGCAGCAGCAGGAACGCCUUCAGGAGUCAGUGUUCAGAAUCUCCCACAGCCAAGAGCCCCAUUGACCCCAAAGCCUGUAACUGGAAAAAGUACAAAUUCAUUAUUCUGAACUCUUUGAACCAGAGCUCAAAAACUGAAAACGACAAUCACCUCGAGCCUGAAAAUGGCUCUGCUCCAACCUUCACUGCUUCUCCUGCCCCUUUCCACCAGUCCACUGAUGCCGAGACUUUGGGAAGCCAAACACCAGCAAAAAUGGAUGUUGAUGGGGAUGAUCUGCACGUUCCCCAGGCCAGCAAACUCAACAACAUUGUCAACAGGUCACCCGAGGAGUCUUCACUGGAUAACCAGCAAACAUCUCCGAUCGAUGCCUUCCCCCGCAAAUGUAGCUUGUGUGAGUCACCGGCUCACCAACACACUGAACUGUGCCGUGUCACACCUGUGUCUCACCUGGGAGAGGAACUGACCGAGACACAGUCUGAGCUCUCAGACUCCAGCUCAGACAAUGGAUCUUUCUUCUGUGGUGAGUGUGACUGUAAGUUCACCGAUGAUGCCACACUCAAGAGGCACAUGGUCCAAUCACACAGCGACAAGCCCUACAAAUGUGACCGAUGCCAAGCUGCAUUCCGCUACAAGGGGAACCUGGCAAGUCACAAAACUGUGCACACAGGGGAGAAGCCAUAUCGCUGCAAUAUCUGCGGAGCUCAGUUCAAUCGUCCUGCAAACCUGAAGACUCACACACGCAUCCAUUCUGGUGAAAAGCCAUACAAAUGUGAGACCUGUGGAGCACGGUUUGUCCAGGUAGCUCACCUCCGAGCUCAUGUGCUGAUCCACACCGGAGAGAAACCCUAUCCAUGUGAGAUCUGUGGGACUCGCUUUCGACAUCUGCAGACACUUAAGAGUCACCUUCGGAUCCACACAGGGGAGAAGCCUUACCAUUGUGAGAAAUGUAACCUGCACUUUCGCCACAAGAGCCAGUUGAGACUUCACCUGAGACAGAAACAUGGAGCCAUCACCAAUACCAAGGCACAGUACAGAGUGCCUGCAGAGCCACAGUCAGACGUCUGCCCAGCUCGCUGACCACUCGCUUAGCUUUGCACACACGUUGAACUUUUUUGAGGUGGUGGAAUUUCUUUGAAUUGUUAAGGGUUUUCAUUCAGAGUUCCCCCAUGUGGUAAACUUUAUGACAGGUAUCAUCAGAUCAAACUCUAACGGGUUUCUUGUGAAAAGUGCUUGCAAUUUUUCUGUUAAUAGACGUUUGGAGUGUUUAAGCUUUUAAAAGAUGCCUCUCUGCCCAUAAUAUAAAGGAAUGUAUGAAAAUAUAUAUAUAUAUUUUUCCUGUGCAAAGCACAGAUCAGAGUUGUACUAUUAUAUAAAAUGGGAAGGGUCAAUGAUAUUUUUAACCAAAGUUCUAGCUAUGGCAGUUAAUGAAUGAUGCUUCAGGCAGAUUGUCUGCAGGCAGAGCACAGUCUGAACAUCUCUAUUGCUUAAAGCACUUAAGAUAUUUUGUCUAUUGUGAAAAUUAUAUAUGUGCUUUUUGAAGUAUUCUUUACAGUUGUUUUUGAAAAGUAAGGUUUACAUUUUGUCCAAAUGCUGUAUUCAUUUCUUGUUCAUGUUGUUCCCGUCUUGUUGACCAGAGCAGUUUCCAUUGGUGCCUUCUACGUGCUAAAGCUGGAUGUCCCAAAGGUUCUGAUUCUCCCUGACACUCUCUCUUUAGCCCCCUCCCCAGCCCCUUGCCCCUAUACUCCCCUCUCCACCUCCCUGUGACCCUGGAACCCCUUUUGUGCCCUGGGUCACUGAGCGCUCCACUGUGAGCUUCCAACACAAUGUUGGUUUAAAACUGGGCAAUGAUUUGAGAAUUUUUAUCACAUACUGUACAAUAUAUCUGUAAGGACGUAAUAAAAAUAUAUCGCACUGUU